AAGUGAAUAGUCACGUCAUUGUUUCACUUUAAUUUAUCAGUAGACGAGGAAGAGGAUGUUCGUAGCGGUCUCGGCUUGUUGAGUGAUUUUAUUUAUAGUGGAGCAGUGAAUGAAAACCAUAUCUUCGAACAGUACAUAAUAUUAUACCGUUAUCAAAAUGUUUAGCUGGCUAAGAAAAGAAGGUGAAAAAUCGGAAAGUAUCGAAAAUGUAAUCGAAGGACUCAAAAGGAUAUACAAAACGAAACUAUUGCCAUUGGAGUUACAUUAUCAGUUCCAUGAUUUUCAUUCACCCCAGUUAGAAGAGCCAGAUUUCGAUGCAAAACCUAUGAUACUACUUGUCGGACAAUAUUCAACGGGAAAAACCACAUUCAUUAAGUACCUUCUGGAAAGAGAUUUCCCCGGCAUUCGAAUCGGCCCUGAACCAACUACGGACAGAUUCAUCGCUGUCAUGUUCGACGAGAAGGAAGGUGUCAUACCCGGCAACGCACUGGUUGUAGACCCCAAGAAACAGUUCCGACCGUUGAGCAAAUUCGGUAACGCAUUCCUUAACAGAUUCCAAUGUUCCACCGUCGCGUCGCCAGUGUUGCGAGGCAUAUCCAUUGUGGACACGCCCGGCAUUCUCUCGGGCGAGAAGCAACGUGUCGACCGUGGCUACGACUUCACCGGCGUACUUGAGUGGUUUGCGGAGCGCGUCGACCGCAUAAUCCUGUUGUUCGACGCCCACAAGCUAGACAUAUCCGACGAGUUCAGGAGAAGCAUAGAGGCACUGCGGGGCCACGACGACAAGAUUCGUAUUGUGCUUAACAAGGCAGACAUGAUUGAUCACCAGCAACUCAUGAGGGUGUAUGGAGCCCUUAUGUGGUCGCUUGGGAAAGUGCUGCAAACUCCAGAGGUGGCACGUGUAUACAUUGGAUCAUUCUGGGAUCAACCUCUCCGUUAUGAUGUAAAUAGAAGGCUCUUUGAAGAUGAGGAGCAGGACUUAUUCAGAGAUAUGCAAUCAUUGCCCAGAAAUGCAGCUCUGAGGAAACUGAAUGAUUUAAUAAAAAGAGCACGCCUGGCCAAAGUUCAUGCAUACAUUGUUAGUGAACUUCGGAAAGAGAUGCCUUCAAUGUUUGGUAAAGAUGGUAAGAAAAAAGAUUUAAUAAAGAACCUAGCUGCUGUGUAUGACCGUAUACAACGAGAACAGCAAAUAUCUCCUGGUGACUUCCCCGACAUUAAGAAAAUGCAGGAAUGCCUGGCAAAUCAUGAUUUCACCAAGUUUCAUCCUUUGAAACCCAAGUUGCUAGAGGUGGUGGACCACAUGCUGGCCACAGACAUUGCUCGUCUCAUGGACAUGAUCCCACAGGAGGAUGUCAAUAUUGUCACUGAACCGCUCAUCAAAGGAGGAGCCUUCGAGGGCGUGGAGGACCAAGUGUCGCCGUUCGGGUACGGGCGCGGAGAGGGAGCAGACGCGGGCCACGGCGACCCCGAGUGGAUCUGCAGCAGGGAGAAGCCGCGCUACGACCAGCUGUUCCAGGCGCUCGGGCCCGUCGACGGCAAGCUCACGGGCGCCGCCGCCAAGACGGAGAUGUUGAAAUCCAAGCUGCCGAACUCGGUGCUGGGCAAGAUAUGGAAGCUGUCGGACGUGGACAAGGACGGGUUCCUGGACGAGGAGGAGUUCGCGCUGGCCAUGCACCUCAUUGGCGUCAAGAUCGAUGGCCACGAGCUGCCCACCGACCUCCCGCCGCACCUCGUGCCGCCCUCCAAGCGGAACUGACCCUGCUCGCCUCCCGGCUCCCGGCUCGCCUUCCACCUCGACCCCUCUACACCAUGUCCUCUUGACGAUUAGCAGUCAUUCAUCUUCAUUAUCACUUCAAAUGUCGUUCAUCAAACCUAAUUGAGAAAUAUAAAUGCAUAUUCCAUUCUAAAUAGAUAUGCAUUCUCCCUGCGACCAUGUGACCACCAUCUCUCCGGGGGGGAGGAGGGCGACCUCUGCUUAGCUUACAGGCUGUAUGGACACUAUAUACACACUGUCCUGCUAAUUAAUAAUUAAUUUAAAUCAUCUAGUUUAGUUUGCAUUAAUUUAUUGUAUCAUUUAUUCAUUGGGUGCUACAUGAUAUGUUUUAAACCAAAUACGGUUUUAUUAUAUAUUCUGUAUUAAUUGUAGGAGAGUUGUUGAAAUCGUAACACACAUAGUACUACCCCCCGCGCCCUGUACUACACGGCACAUUAUAUAUUCGUGUUAUAAAUUAUCAAUUGUAAGUCGUAAUAUAAUAACUCGGGUCCAGUGUAUCACGAACAUCAUAACACCAGCGCUCAUAUGUGUGCGUAAGCGGUCCUUGUCCUGUGGUGGAGUGUGUAUGUAUGUAUGUAGCGGGCGCGUCGUAUAUUUUUACAUUUUGCUAUUGUGUGUAAAUAAAUGUUAUUAUGUAAAUGUAUUUAUCAUAAAUUAUACACAGAGUAUAAAUAAAUAGUUAAGAAAA